UCUUACACAGACCUGUCCCUGCGUCCACCGCGAUGGCUCACAUCGCCAAUUGCAUCUUGGACAUGGAUCAAGACGACCUCUCACUUGGCCUCAAUAACUACAUAGCAAAAGCUGUUUCCCCGCAGGAUUCCAAUGAAUCGGUAGAGCAUCCCCUUCGGGGGACAAACCCUUUGCUUGGAGGAUGCAACACCCAGAGAGAAGAUAUCAGCUCUUUCCCAGGGAUAAACAGGCAGUCACCGCACCGGGGAAAGCCCUGGAUCCUGAGCAAGCGUUUGCAUUGGCCAUGGGUCAGAACGGCGACAAGAGCGAGAAGAUGAGUGCCGUUACGGGGCUGAGGAUCCGGAUCAAGGAGCACAAUCUCGUCCGCAGGCGGAAGAUCAGCGUCCCUGAUUUGGGUCCCAUGACGACGGUGCAGGAAGCUGCUAUGGACUCUCCUACGAUUCCAGGGCGGCCGCCUAUCCAUGAGAGGUCCAUCAGUGCACCGGGGAACUCGUGGAAGCCGUAUUCCCUUGCCGAGUGCAUGACUUCAGCAAGAUCGCAGGCGGCAACGGAGAGACCGGAGCUUCGCUCGACGUGCAGCAGGAGCAAUGAAGAGCUACAGCGUCCCCAAAAUGAAACCCCGCAGCCAAUGUCACCGAAGAGCCUGACACCACUCGUGAUUCCAACAUGCAGCUCAGCCGCCCCCCGCUUAGCGCAGCAAGCAUCUUUGAACCGACUCCGGUCGGGCAGUACACCCGUCGAGUCCGUAUGCCGCUCGGCCAGGCUGGAGGACUCUCCUCGGGCUAGGACACCCUUCACACCGCUCUCCGCUUCGUUGGCCACGCCGAGAUCUGGUGCGACGACAGUCGUGACUGCUUCGACACUGCCAACUCCGGUGUCUGCUCCAGUUGAACACAGAGCGUCCCCCAAGCCGUGGGAUAGGCCAGCGGCAACUGGUGUUACAGCAACGCCUGAUAAGAGUUACCCUAGUACAUCUAUCAUCACAACCCAGGCUGAGCUCGGAGACACGAUACAAACUGCCACCUUGGGACAUAGGAGGUACCAGUCGGAGUCGGGGAGUAUCAUGGAGAGGGGGCGGCCACGGAAGCGGUCCGACAUCUGCGCGGCUGCCACAUUGAAGCGUACCGGCUCGAAGAGGAGCAAGAGCUCUGAAAGGCGAGCAUUUGAGCAGCUGCCCAAGGGAUGGAAGGCAAGCGACGCGGUGAACAUGCUGUGUCCACAGGAGGUGGCUUCCCUUCAAAAGCAGGCGCUCCAGCAAGCGGCUCGAUUUGAAGUCCUCCGAAAAGAGGACGUCGACAGUCUCUCACGCGAACUCCGCCAGCUUGACGAGCGCACGGAGUAUCUCCGCCUCACCUACACGUCCCUCCGGGCCGGCCGACGCAACCUCCACUCGCGUAUUUUCCAGUACCUUCGGUCACCGCGCACCGCCACUUUCAGCCCUGAGUCUAUCCUUAAGCAGGAAGAAUCUCUUGCCGAGUUCGACAACUCAAUCGAAGAGUGGGUCAACAAGCUCGAGCAGGUCGAGAACCGGCGAACUCGAGUCCGUCAGAAACUCCUCGAGCACGUCGCCGCUGCCGCCACCCUGGGUCUCCCCACCGGGAACGUCCUCGGCGCCAGCGAGAACUUGCACCACGCCAUCGGCGUUCGGCCGCUUAACGCCAACAUUCUGUCCACCCCACCCCGCAGCCCAACCAAAAACUCCUUUACGGCCACGCAGUCCUCGUCGCCUUCGCCGCACCGAGCCCAAGUGCCGUCGACAAUCCUGGAGCAGCCUCUAUUUGAGGAGGCGGCCUCCAUGGAUAGCAAGGACGCUGUCGACAACGGCACGGACGCCAUCAACAAAGAAGCCGAGAAUGGAGUAGCGCUGCGCCGGGCCGAGACCAUCCGCGUCUAUGCCGAUAACGAUGUCUAUUCUCUGCUGGCUCGUGUGCAAGACAGCAUCGACGAGAUGACGGCGGGCGGCGAAGCCGCGGCCAAGGACGACCCUUCCAGCUCAUCCCCCUCCCUGGAUGCGGAGCGGACCAAGUUGUGCCGCAAACACAGCCACGGCGCCCUCACAAGCUCGCCGGCGAGGGAUACUGUGCCCAACCCUAAGCUUGACGAGAAGACGUCCUCUUCGUCGUUGACUUCAGCCGCGACUUCCCCGGCGGCGCCCGAGCCUGCCGCGGAGAUUUUUCUCACCAGCGCUGUCUUCAAGCCACAAUAGGCCAAGGGGAACUUUAUUCUUUUAUCUCUCUGACCAUCUUACACGAGUUGUCGUCGCUUCACAUGUCUUUUACCAUGACGCGCUCACGUCCCACUCGUUCUCUUACCAUGCUUCUCUCCAUGAUACCCUUCUCGUCAAUCAUUUUGACUUCAACUUCUACAAAUACCCACCUUCAUUCUGUUCCGGUGUUCCAUGUUUUGGUCAUUCACCGCCACCAUCAUUCGGCAUUUGCAUUCUACCUUUUGCCUCUCGACAACCUAUUUUAGCAUACCCGCCCGUCCGUCACUCCUUACCAGGGAUUAGCGUUGGC